CGUUACGUUCAAUGAAAAUCACAGACAUUCUGCCGAUUUACUCCACGGGAGAGAGACACUCUAAAAUCCGAAUCUGAAAUUUUAAAAUUCAAAACCCUAAUUUUCCUUUCUCUAGAAUGGAGAUUGCUUUUGCUAUUUCUUCCCCAACUCCUGUACUUAAAGCGUCUCUAGAUAACUACUCAAAAUUUCAGCUCAAAGGACGAGAUUACAGCAAAGGAAAUCAUUCCAGUUCUCAGAAAAGAUCAAUUUCUUUCUCUACUACGAAUUUGGCGGGUUCGUGUUCAAUAGGGGAUGUGCACAGAACUAGGAGCAGUCUUGAGUCCUUAUUCUGUUAUGAUAAACCCAUACCAGAGGAGAUAAUUGAGAAACCAAUUGGGUUGUCGGUCGAGGAGAAAGAAAUCGGACGAAAUCCUCCUUGUAAUGACUGCCAAGCCAAAGGGGCAAUCCUCUGUGCCACCUGCUCAGGUUCCGGCUUAUAUGUUGACUCUGUAAUGGAGUGUCUAGGAAUUAUGGUUAAAGUUCGAUGCCUGGGUUGUGGAGGAACUGGCAACAUCAUGUGUUCAGAUUGUGGAGGACGAGGUCAUCUUGGAGUUAACUGACGUGGUUCCAUUUGAAGAGAAACUAGUUUGCCGAGGCAACACAUGCUACUUUAUGCUUUUACAGUUGGCUCAUCUUUCCCCUUUUUUGGGCAAAAGUUCAAUAUCAAAGAUAUACCAAAAACUGAUCAUAGAUAAGGACUUGGCAAUAUUAGUCUCAAGUCUUUCAACACCAAUUUGAUGAUGCUCAGGUUCUUGGAUUCUAAAAGGUCGACAGCUUUAAUAAGUUUGAACCGUAUCUUGUUUGAGAUUCUGAACAAACGGCAUUUUCUUAGUAUGUACUGUUUACAUUUUAUGGUAAAAGAAACUGUUGACGCUGUUA